GCCGCAAAUUGAAGAGCGGGGCGGGAAAGCGGUGGAGUACCCACAGUACCCCGCGGCUUCCCGGCGUCGCCUCCCGGUACCCGCGGAUCCAGGCCCUGGGUUUGGUCCGUUUGGAGAGCACGCCGUUAACGCCAGUUGGAUUGCAGUUCAGGAGUUGGAGAAGCUAGGACUGCGAGAUGACGUGGAUCUGCACGUCUAUGAAGUCCCAGUUGAAUACCAGACAGUGCAAAGACUCAUUCCUGCGUUGUGGAAAAAGCACAGUCCACAAUUGGUGGUUCAUGUAGGUGUUUCGGGUAUGGCUACAACUGUAACUCUAGAGAAGUGCGGCCAUAACGUAGGUUACAAAGGCUUAGACAACUGCCGUUUCUGCCCAGGCUCUCAGUGUUGCGUAGAAGGUGGCCCAGAAUGCAUCGAUUCCAUUAUUGACAUGGACACGGUUUGCAAGAGAGUCUCGGCGCUGGGGCUGGACGUCACGGUCACUAUAUCUAAGGAUGCCGGCAGAUACCUCUGUGACUUCACUUACUACACUUCCUUAUACCAGAGCCGCGGGAGGUCAGCUUUUGUUCAUGUGCCUCCUCUGGGAAAACCAUAUACCGCAGAACAGCUGGGUCGGGCACUACAGGCUAUAAUAGAAGAAAUGCUCGAUGUUUUGGAGCAUUCUGAAGACAAAAUCAAUUGUCAGCACGAACACUGAAAGUGGGCAGAAGCUAUUCUAGUAUUGCACUUCCAAAAUUUUCCCUGCUACUGAAGUACUGGGGAAAAACGGUCUGAAACAUAGAGACCCAGAAUUGGAGACUUCAAAAAGGAAAAUUCCACUUCUAGAAAUUGACUUUUUUUGUCAGAUGUGUGCAUUUCAGCCUAGGCAACAAAGGAUUCAAAAUCUCUUCUUUAAAACACCUGCAACUACUCAUUUCUGAAGUGACUGAAGUGUGUGUGCUGUGCUUUAUCCAGAGCUUAUCUGUCAGCCAAGUGACAGCUACUGACCAGUCUAAUACAGCACAGAUGGAAGGUUUCUCAUCUGGACUUGGCGUUCAGGUGCAGGGAAUUGAUAACCCAGUCUUCUAAUGACUAGUUCUUAAGUUGAAAGGUUUGCUUUCGUUUUGUUUUGGUUUUUUCCCCUCUUUGGCCCAAAUUAUAGGUUAUAAUGUAAAAGUACAACUGAAAAGAGUUGGAAUGGUGUGGGUUUGUCUGUUGUAAAACAGCGCUUGGUGGAGAUGAGGAGUCUUAAAAAUUGCUUUGCUGAAAUGGAAAAAUAUUUGAGGCACUGAUUUCUCACCCCACAUUGUCGAAAUACUCGUAGGAUCCUCUAUAAUGUACUGGUUAACUGGUAGCUGCAGAUAGAAGGGAUGUGUUUUGGGUUCCUUUUGUUGUGGAGCAGGAGAUAGCUUUUUUUUUUUUUUUUUGUACACAGUAUGAGCCUAACUUGCGCCAAAUAUUUCCAAAUGUCUUUUUUAUUAUGCUCUCGAUGCCACCUUCCUCACUCAAGUCAACCAUAUACCUCCUGUACAAAACACAUUGUUUCAUAUGUGUAUAAAACAAAUCAUUAGCGGUUAAAUAGCUUUGCUAAAGGCCACUUUCUCCGCAGGAGAUCUUUAUCCUAGACUCUUGGUGCUAGCUGUUAUUUUUAAGGUGAAGGUUGAGUAAUUUAUAACUUCCUUAGUUAAAAAUUUUCAUUCUUGUUAAAGGUUAGAAGAGUAAUGUUUAACUUAAAUUCUAAGUUGCCACCUUGAUUUAUUAUAGGCAUAAAUAUGCAAAUGUGCGGAUUCGAAGACAUUCUGCCAAAUCAAAUCUAAAAAUCUUAAACCUAUUCCCGCUGUCUGUAAACCAGAGGCAAUUAUUUGAAAACUAGGAAUUUUGCUUAGAGUGAGUAUUUUGGGCUGUUUAUUAGUGUCCCCCUCCCAAUGGGAGGGUACAAAGUGCUGCUUCUUGUGUGAACUUUCCCAGUAAUUAAUUUGGGGAAGUGUACAUGCAGGUUCUAAGCAGGACUUGAAAAGUGGUUGACGCUAGUCGUGCGUGUAGGGUUUGCUGCCAAAUUACAAGACUCCAGCGAAAGACAGAUGAUAUUGCAGUGGGAACAGACACAAAAUUGGUAAUUGAUGACCGGUAGGUCUCAUUGAGAGGCCAUUUAAAUGAAGAGGUCUGUGAUUUGAUUCUAAUACUUUUACAAAUAUAUAUAUAUAUAAAAACCAACAUUCUGAACGUUUCUAAAAUACCAUUAUUUUAAUUUUUCUAAUUAUGAAUGAUUCUGCUAUAGUAUCUCUCAGUGAGAGCUGCCAUUAACUUGCUGUUUUCCAGUAGAAGUCUAGUGACAAAGGAAAUACCGCUUUUCCUUGUAACCCUCGAGAGAGGACGAAGACUUCUGCAGUUGUAAUAACUUUGCUAAGGGGACCUGUGUAUGAAGAUGUUUGGAUAGACUUCUGGUUUGCCGAGGAAAUUACUGCUGUAUUUACAAUACAGGCUUUCCUGAUCAAAAGAGUUUGCCUUCAAAGUAAAUAUUCUCUUUUGCAUUCAAAUAUGAAGUAGCACUUGUCAGAUUGUCAGCAGGCAGGCAGACUUUCUGAUUAGUAAUUUAUUAUAUUUAAUAUUUUGUUUAAAUAUUCGUGGUUUGACACGUUUUUGCAAAUAGUUGAGCUACUUAUCUUGUAGGUUUAUUCCUUUAUCUGGUAAGAAGUUUUUGUCAUCAGUGUAUCUUAGCUGCUAAACUUUUAAAAGAGGAGUAAUUCAUGUAUUCUGCUAAGUUCAGCAAUUGAUUUAAGUAAUUUUCAGUAAUGCUAUUUAAUUUACAUGUAACGUAGCUGUGAAUAAAAUGGAAGAUCAACGGUUUAGUGAGGCGAUAACAAAAAAAAUGACCGUGGAAUCGAAGCGGCCUUAGGAAGGGCUGGUUGGACCAGCGGUGCCCGUGGGUGCCGUGGGCAAGGUUUGUCUGCCGGCUGUCCCUCGCCUUGAGCAGAGAGGGUUGGAGUAGGUCGCUGAUCAGGCUCUCUUUGUGCUAAAAGUCUCUAAGCGAGAUGUGCCCUCUCUGUCCAUGUCUGUUGAAUGUUUAUGCUUCCUUUGAGCGUAUGAGCGGGCAGCCUUGGAGAUCCCCCCUGGAUGUGGCUGAGGAGGAGUGGCUCCAAAUUCAUCGGCAGGGAAGGUAGACAGCAGUGGCUGCGUGGGGAGAACGGCUUUCCAUGCUAGUUUAUUCAGCCUGUGGAGUUAUGUCCUGUUCGACACCUGUAGAUAUUCUUUCUUGCGUCCGCUCUGCUGUUCAAGGGGAAAAUCUUGAGCCAAUUUCCGUGACUGCUGUUUGUCUAAGGACUGCAGUGGUUGUGGCCUUCUACGUGUCAGUGUUAAAAAUCUCAUUUUUGGAAAUACUUUGCUUUGGGCAUCGCUUUGAGCUGUGCGUUUCCUCGUAAUCUGUUUUUGUGAAGCUUCCAUGUGAUCAGUUUCUUAGAAAACAUAAUUUAUUAUAUAAUCUUUUUGCGUUUUUGAGAAUUAGUCCUCAGAGAUUGUAUUUGUAAAGGGUGUCUUGGUGGUAGAGAAAUUUUGUAUAGUGAAACUUUUAAAAAUGGCAUUAAACUAAUUUUAUUUAAUCUGACCUAAAUUAAAUACUUUUGGUUUUUUGAAAGUUUUUUGUUAAAUUCAUUAAUUCAUAAUGCCUUUCCUAUAGGUGCAUAUUUUCUUUGGAAAUAUGACAUCAAACUGAUGCAGAGCUUCAAAAAGCUGAUGUUUUGUGUAAUGCUUACUAUCUGCUUUCUCUUCCAGAUCAUCAAUAAAUAGAAUUUGCUAAUUUGCACUGACUGGGAGACCUGUUGCCAACCACAAAAAAUUCCGUGCUAGUGAGUAAGCGUAGGAAGUUCAGGUUUAGUGUUAAUUACUGUGCCUGCGAUUUGUCAAAUGUAAAAGCUGGUAAAGUUUUAGAAUCCUGUGAUUGCAAAAUUGUCUCUGGGGAUAUGCUUCACGGGGAAACGGGGGUGAGAAUAUUUUGUGUGGAAGAGAGAAUUAGGGAGGUUCCACUGUAUCGGGUCUGAUGUCAUUUUAUCUGCUUGCCAACAGCUUGGAGUAGGAACUGGCUAACGUGUUGGAGAAGUUUGGUGAUGACAAUUUAAUUGUUUCAGUUAUUAAAUGCUGCGGAGGAUUUUGAGGAACUCCAGGUGCUCGUAAACUCCUUCAUAAUUUGGUGACACUGAUGUCGGGAGAUACUUCCUUUGAAUUAAAUAUGGUAAUCUGCUUUAUGAAACACAGCAAAAAGAAGCUGUAAGCUUGAAAGUUUCUUUAUCUUAAAGACUCGUGGGGGACUUGAUGAUCCUUAUGGGUCCCUUCCAACUUGAGAUAUUCUAUGAUAUGGUUGAAGGGAAACACCCAUUGUACAGAAGCGAUUUGUAUUUUUGGGGGCAGCUUUUGGAAAGGAUAUAAAAAUCUGUAAGAUCAUAUGGAGCAGUUCAUGCUUAUCUGGAGUAUUCCCCAACCUGGUUGCUUCCUCCUAAAUGUGGUAGUAGUGGGAAGGGAUGAAAAGGUCAUGAAGAUGGUUAGAGGUAUUGAGUGUGGUUGUGACAUGAGACUGCAGCCAAGAACUGCUGAGCUUCAAGAGUCCUUCCAGGAGGGACCUGACCAAGGGUGUUCAGAGGUUUAAGACUUCAGGACAGCUAACCGGUUGCUCUGCUUUCACCCUGAAGAGGAGGGAAAUGCAAAGGCAAGGCGUCUCGAGUAAAUUUGAGAUAAAUGCUUCCUGGCUGACUCCUUGCAGAAAUUGAGAAGGCGUUUACAUGCAGCAUCACGUUGUAAAGCAUUGCCUGAUGCGUUGGGUACUGCCUGCUGCCCGCAGCAGAAAACCAGACUCAUUGAACCAGGGCUCUGAUCUAAUAUGUCAAUUUAUCUUUAUCUCUGUAGGGUUUGUACUGCACGUACUGUGGUAAGUCAGGUAGGAAACUGUACUAUUUGUAUUUACUUACCUAGACAGUCAUGCUUAGAUGUAGCAUUCAAACUCCGGUGUGUCUCUCACUGUUCUGCUGGUUGUGUAGGCAAUAUUUAACCUUUUAGUGCCUCAGUCAGCUGGCAAAGGGGAUUAUUCUGGGCCGCUGUCACGCAGUGCCAUGCCUGGAAUAAAAGCCCAGGAGCUUCCAGGCCUGCAGACUCGCAAAUGGACAGCACAGGCUCCUGGUGUUGUUAUUUUUGUUAAUGAAAAGUCUAAAAAAGUUAUAAUCCACUGAAGUUGCUUCUAAUACUCAAAUAAUCUUCAUUUGACUGAGUGCGUGAUUUGUUGACCUCGCAUGCGGGCUUUCUUAUGAAAUGUAUAAAAGGAAUUGCAGUAGGAGGAGCUUCUUAAAACCAAAAAUGGGAAAACCAUGUAAAUGAAUUGGUAACUCCCCACUAACACAAGAGCUGGCGCUACACUAAAGCAGCGAUUAUGGUCUGACCAUGUUAUUUCAUGGUUUAACUUGUUGUGACUUGUACAUCUUUUUUAACUUAUAGGGUGUUUCUAACUCUCUAACCACGCAGCUGAUGCUCAGACACUAAGCUACUUUAAGAGUGAGUGGUGGUGUUUGAAAGCCGACUGGAAACCAGUUAUGUUUAGGCAUAGAAAGUACACUUGUGUGGUUUUUUUUAAUUAUGAUUUUCAGAUUUCAUCCCGCAGUGCAGAUAAUAAAAUUGUUGGCAAUUAAUUUGUACAUACUUUCACAAAGGAACUUCCUUCCUGUUGUCUCCUUUACUUACUUUAAUAUGCUAUCCGAUAAUAUUUUAAUGAGAGAAAUUUCAGAGUUGCAAAGGCUUUCUUUCAAACUUUAUCUGUUGGCUUGGAUAAAAUACCCCUGGUUGAUACCAUAAGUACGCAUCUUGAUGUAGAUGGAUUUGUUAUUUUUGCACCGGAAACCCUAAUGUUUUGCAGUAUAAAGUGCACUUUUUUCUUAAAAAACUUGUAUUCAUGUCUGAUUAGUGUCUUAUGUGAUGAAAGUGAUAUUCUGCCAAACCUCCAAAGCUGAGUAUAUUGUUAAUUCUUCAUCGUAUUAAUUGAAACCCGAGAUCUGCUUCUGCUCAGUCUAUUUUAAGACAAAGUAGAGAAGAAAAUGCCUCCCCAUAAAUAGGAAUUAAAUAUAGGAAGUGAAACUAUACACUGCCCUUAAAUAAAACGCCGUGCUACUUAAAUACACGUUCAGGUUUUCUAUUGCACCAGCUUCUUAAAUUGCAAAUGUUUACUUUGAUUAAACAGGGAGUGCCUUGUCCUGUGCUGGGCUCGCUUUUGGAAAGCAGAGUGGUGGUGAUGGGGACAGAUGAGCCUUUCGCACAUAAAGUGGAUGGAAAGACUGGGCUUUUGGCACUGGGAGAAACUGCUGAACUUGUUCGGUAUCCCCUUUAUCCAAGGAUGCUCUUCAGAAACUGCACUGAAUUGAGUUCUCGAGGUUUUCUGACACACACUCGGACCUGACAAUGGAAAAAACAGAGUAUUUGCUACUUCGUUGUCACUCUCGGUUAGGUUGGCCAAAUUCGUGAAGGUUAUUCUGUCUCUUCUUUAAGGUUAGGUGUUUUGUUCGGACUCUGUUAUGCAUGUUACAGCAUCACUCAGCCUCUCGGGUCCUCUCUUCGUUAAUUGUGGUGAAAUAAGCAGUUGUCUGUCUGGGUAUCUCAGGUGUUGCCAAUCUCAUGCUUAUCAGGACUCUUGGAGCUACAAUUCUAAAUCUGUUGGGGCUUCUGUUUUUCUCAGUGUGUUCUUGCAGUGCCUUGUAAAACCAAACAAUCUAGUGUGUCACAAAAGGGCUGUGUAAUAAAGAACCGUUAACGUACUUUCAGCUUGCUAUUGCUAGACUGGACUUUGUAACUGAAAAUUUAAACCGAUGUUUCAAAGUAAAUAAAGAGUUUAACUCUGA